UCCACGCUGCAAACGUUCAUGAAUCUAUUAUCCUCUUUGACUUUUGAUCCAGUCAGCCACUCGAACUCGUUCUUAGAUGUAACAAUCACAAAUCAUUUUAAUAAUCAUUCCAUGUUCAUAUCACAUCGAUGGGGUUGUGGCAGUUGAAAAUCAAAGCCUAAAACCCCAAUUUUCAAUUCAUUCUCAGUUGCGGUUCUCCAUCACCACCCUUUCUCUCUUUAAAAACAACAAACACUCGACGUUUGACCCACAAAGUCAUGCGAUCCAGAUCUUCGAGGCCUCACUCAGCUCAAUUGUCGCUUCGAGUUGCUGCAUGAUGGCAGGGUUAUUGACCUUAGUGGUGGUGUUGUGUUUGAUCAAUACCGGAUGGGGUCAGGAAGCGCCGUACAGGAUCCACACAUUGUUUUCAGUUGAAUGCCAAAAUUACUUCGACUGGCAGACGGUGGGGCUCGUUCAUAGCUUCCGGAAAUCCGGUCAACCAGGCCCGAUUACACGGCUUCUCAGCUGCACUGACGAGGAGAAGAAGAGUUAUAGAGGAAUGGACUUGGCUCCCACCUUUGAAGUCCCUUCCAUGAGUAGACACCCUAGAACUGGUGACUGGUACCCUGCGAUUAACAAACCAGCAGGAGUUGUUCAUUGGCUCAAACACAGUAAAGAUGCACAAAAUGUUGAUUGGGUUGUUAUCCUAGAUGCAGAUAUGAUCAUCAGAGGUCCAAUUCUACCAUGGGAGAUUGGCGCAGAAAAAGGCAGACCUGUUGCUGCCUUUUACGGCUACUUAGUGGGAUGUGAUAAUGUACUCGCCAAAUUGCACACAAAGAACCCAGAACUAUGUGACAAAGUUGGUGGGCUCUUAGCCAUGCAUAUAGAUGAUCUUAGAGCUUUAGCACCAAUGUGGCUUUCCAAAACAGAAGAAGUGAGAGAAGACACUGCUCAUUGGUCAACAAAUAUCACCGGUGAUAUUUAUGGCAAAGGGUGGAUCAGUGAGAUGUAUGGAUACUCAUUUGGUGCAGCAGAGGUGGGACUUCGACAUAAAAUUAAUGAUAAUCUAAUGAUCUACCCUGGAUAUAUUCCACGUGAGGGCGUUGAACCUAUUCUUAUGCAUUAUGGCUUACCAUUUUCUGUUGGAAACUGGUCUUUUAGUAAAUUAGAACACCAUGAAGAUGAUAUUGUAUAUGACUGUGGACGCCUCUUCCCUGAACCUCCUUUCCCCCGAGAGGUGAAAGCAAUGGAGCCUGAUAAACACAAAGUGAGGGGGCUUUUCUUGAAUUUAGAAUGUAUUAAUACGCUAAACCAAGGUCUGAUAAUACAACACGCAGCAUUUGGGUGCCCAAAACCAAAAUGGUCAAAAUAUUUGAGUUUCUUGAAAAGCAAACACUUUGCUGAGUUGACUCGGCCGAAAGGUUUGACUCCCAAGAGUCUCCAGAUAAUGGAAACACAUGUUCAAGAACAUAUCAAUUAUGAUGAACCCGAGAAUCUACCUACAAAAAUCCACACGCUUUUUUCAACAGAAUGUAGCACGUAUUUUGAUUGGCAAACAGUGGGUUUGAUGCACAGCUUUGGACUCAGUGGACAACCAGGAAAUAUUACACGGCUUCUUAGUUGUACAGAAGAAGAUUUAAAAAAAUACAAAGGUCAUGAUUUGGCUCCCACACAUUAUGUCCCUUCUAUGAGCCGACAUCCAUUAACAGGCGAUUGGUAUCCAGCUAUUAAUAAACCAGCUGCAGUGCUUCAUUGGCUUAACCAUGUAAAAACAGAUGCAGAAUUUAUAGUAAUUCUUGAUGCUGAUAUGAUCAUGAGAGGACCAAUUACACCAUGGGAGUUUAAAGCAGCAAAAGGCAAACCAGUUUCAACUCCUUACGAUUACCUUAUUGGGUGUGACAACGAGCUUGCAAAACUCCAUACUAGCCACCCUGAAGCUUGUGAUAAAGUUGGUGGUGUGAUCAUAAUGCACAUAGAUGAUCUCAGAAAGUUUGCUCUUUUAUGGUUGCAUAAAACAGAGGAAGUUAGAGCUGAUACUGCUCAUUAUGGGAAAAAUAUAACCGGUGAUAUUUAUGGAACUGGGUGGAUUAGUGAAAUGUAUGGCUAUUCCUUUGGUGCAGCUGAGUUGAAGUUGCAGCAUGUUAUAAGCCGUGAUAUUAUGAUAUACCCCGGGUAUGCUCCAGAACCCGGUGUUAAGUAUCGGGUUUUUCAUUAUGGAUUACAUUUUAGGGUUGGGAACUGGAGUUUUGAUAAAGCAAACUGGAGGGACGUUGACUUGGUCAACAACUGUUGGGCAAAGUUUCCUGAUCCGCCCGAAACUUCAGAAGCUGACCGAACAAAUGAGGAAUCUUACCAACGUGACUUGCUAAGUAUAGAAUGCGGAAAGACACUGAAUGAAGCUCUUCAGUUACACCAUGAAAGGAGGAGAUGUGGUGAUGUGAGGGAAAGUUCCCGGGUCCCACCUCCACCAGAUAUGGACAUAGUUGAUGAAGUUAUGUUUGAGAGAAGUGAUAAUAGGUCUGAAAAGGUGGUGGACCCAUUGUUGCCUUCUGAAUCAAGUCAGACACUUCUUGAUUUUAGAUUUUGGAUGAUUUUUUUGUGGGCGUCUUCAGUUUUGGGAUUUGGGGUAGUGAUGAUGGUGAUACUUAGAGGUAAAAGGCAGAAGAAAAGAGGGAAGAAGAGUAGGAGUGUGUCUUCGCGUGGUGAGUUUAAAGAGAAUUUGGGGAAUAGGUAAAGACUAAAGAAUUGAUGAUGUUGAAAUUGUGUGAGAGAUGAUAAUGACUUAAAAUGUGUAUUUUGUUAGAUUAUAUAAAGAUUUUGAGAUUCUAAGAGUUGAAAGAUGUAAUUUAUAAGGG